GUGCAAUAACGUUGCAACAGGGAAAGUCAGUCAGUAUUCAAGCUCCGUCGAGCUACGCGCUACGAGCAAAUUAUUAUUAAUCCAGGGAGGUCGCUCACAUCAUGAACCCUCAGGGCAUACUAGCGCAGAAGCCGCUUCCGCCCUACUUAAUAGAGCUUGGUCACUCGGUAUCGCGCUAUGUGAAGGAUUUCUUUGGCAUUGAUAUUCCCUACGCUGAGGGCCUCAUGCUUGUGCUCAGCACGACGGUCGUGAUCCUAUCCAUCGCGGUCUGGAUCUGGGUGGAGCUUGGCAACCAGGCAGAUAAAAACUCGCGCCGAGAGGAAAUGCAACAGCAACAGCAGCAAACCCCUGCUGGGCACUCAAGCACGGGCGCGACAGAAGGCAGCAAAGCACCCCCCGCCUUCGGGCGCCUCGCCGGUGGCUUGCCCUCAGGCGAGCCCCAGAAUGGCGAUCCCACAACCGCUGCAGCGCCGUCGACUGCGGGUCGUGGCAUGUGAGGCUGCUGGAGCGGCCCGGAGCCGGCGCAGGCAUGCCCGGGCUGGUGUGCUCACUGGGCGCGGGUCGGGCAGUGGAGCUAAGGCAGACCGAGGCACCAGCCCCGCGCCCGCCCACGCACCAGCGGUGCUGCCUGUGGCUCGGCGUUCGCUGGUGCUCGGCAAGAAGGGAGGAGCAAAACCAGGGGUUCCCCUGAAACAAAUCCCGCUACGCCGCGGCCGCUCCACCACCCGCCCAGGCUCACACCCGCCCGCACCCAUCCCGCUGUUCUUCUAGGAUGGAUGGCCGGAAGGUGGUGGUGGGGAUGGCAGCUAGCAGCGGAACGGAGUGGACGGGAAGGCCGCUGCUGCCGUAUCACGGCAAUUGAUUGGAUGAUGAGGACUUACAAGAGAAAAAGCCGUCGCUGCUUUCGCUAUGAUAUGCCAAAUGGACGCCGGGUUAUGUGUGGGCAUGGGACAGUGGGGCUUCGAUGCAAGCGCCAUGACAGCUGCUUGACUGAUUCAAUACAUACAAGGAGAUAAUACGGAUGAUUCUGACGUGUCUGAAUGUGUGUUUGCUGUGUCGCUCAUUCUCUACUACAUAAUGUCCAAUAAAUGCGCGCCACGCACGGACAGUGCUGUAUGCGUGAUUGCAUGCAUUGUGUGCACAGUUCGUGUGUAUGCGUCUGUGCACCAUGCCACGGUGCUGCUGAAUGGCUGUAAAGCUGUUGAUGCCGUAGCUUGCCCCCUUGAGAUUGAUAUAUCAGAGCGAAGAGACUGAUUGGGGUUCAUCUUUGUUUGGCUCAUCGUUGCACGAGGGUUGCAGCGUUGGUGGUGGAUCCCACCUCGGGAGACGCGAGCCCUCCGGCCUCCGCAUGUGCCUUAAUCCUUGCACGGGUGUCUGUCAUUUCCUUUUUAGGAUACGUACAAAUAAAUGAAGAAUAGGCAUGAGGCAGGACUAGGCUCGACCGGAUCUCGUAUGGCGUAGGUGUGCGCACACGCACGCUGAAUGAGGAUACGAUAUGGUGCAUUUUUGUUAAAUGAGUGUGCAAUGAAGUAUGUGUAGUCGUCCACUUGCCGAGCGUAUGGUAGGCCACAGCACACCGGGCAAGUGCCAGCAUGAAUUAUGUUUUCUUCCGCGCUGUUUUGCGCGAGACUGCUGUGCAUGUAGCAGUUGAGGCGGACGGCAACGCACGGGAGCAGAGGAGUAGUGUAUCAACAUCGAAAUGCAUGCAUGAACAAGCGACUGCCCGGGCGGGCACACGGUGUCAAGGUGCUGGGCGCAUAAGCGGUCUUUACUGGCUCACUGGUGGCGUCAGGGGCUGCAUGGAUGACCGAUUAAGAGCUUGGAGCUACCGUACUCGUUGAUUCGGUGGCAUCUGAGCCGUGUGGCCAGGCAUGCUGGGGCGUGGGGCACAUGCACAAUGCGUGUGGCACGUGGGGGCCAGGACAUGGUUCGAUUCUAUCCCCACGUCGGCUCGAGGAGGCCAGGUCGGGCGCGACACGCACUGUGUCCGUUGGCUUAGGAAUGAUGCCCACGUGCCGUACAUAAGCGCCUGAACUGCUGCGCCUUGCUCAUGGGGCCGGCACGUGUGUGCCAUUGUGCGCGUCCGCGCAUGAUUGCCACUUGUCAUGACGGCGCCUUCGGUCUAAGAUGAUUGUAACCACUAAACCAU